CAUAACACAGAUCAAUAAAGGGACGAAAAAUGGACCGCAGGCGAAAAUACCCAACACUAUUUACUACAACCAACGGACAAGCUUCGUUCUGGCGAAGAAUGGCGGCGCCGGGCUCAUCCGCCGGCGGCGGCGGAGGGACGGCGAAGGCUACGGUGGCGGAGCAGAUCUCGCAGGCGGUGCAGUCCACCUCCAACCUCCUCCACCUUAUGCGGCACUCUUCUCCUGCCCAGGCUCAACUGGUUAAGCUUCCUAAGAAUCUUUUGGCAAAGGUUUCCACCAUCAAGAAUACAGAGCAGGUUUUGGAGCAGUUGCCUGGGGUGAUAUCAUCUCUUGACGCACACAUGGAAAAUGGGUUGCAAAAUGUUCCACAUCUAAAGACCGUGGUUCAGGUACUUUCAAAUAUGGAAAGUAGCCAGCUUAGCUUGCUAUCCCGACCCCAUCCUCUCCAGAAGGAACUUGAACCAGGAAACCAAUCUCAAGGAACUGGUUAAAGAAUCUCGUGUUGCUUUAGGAGUUUCACCCGUGAUCAAUUCAUGCAGAUUUUGGAAGGUUUGGAACUGUGACUUGUUGUGUUUCCUUCUUGCAGUCUUCCUGCAAAUCAAAUAACAAUACCAUCCUCUGAUAAAGUGCAUGGUUAUUCAACUGAGAAACCUGUUAAAUAUUAGUGACAAUUGGGAAUCUUGUCCAAAGAAUUCAAGGCUAGGCUAUUAAUUGAUUGAUGGCAAUUGGGUAUCUGUAUUCUGUAAUGUAUGUCCAUUCAUUUUCAGCUUGUGCAUUUUUGUUUUUCAUCUUGCCAAAUGUUAUGUUCAAAGUGAUGUAACUUUUAUUUAAAUCAGUUUUGUUUUACUAGCUAUGGAAUGUCUCAAAGCUGAGUAAAAACCACUUACUCCUAUGAUGGCACUUCUACUCCCCAAGACAAUACAAGCUUUACAUCCCAAAUUCCCGUUGUUUA